AAAGUCCAACAAAAGAAGCCGAGGACGUCUAUCGUCGUAAACAACGUCAAGAUGUCCGAAUGAGUUGCUAAUAGCUAAGCCUAAAAGCUAAACACUUGCUUUUCUUUUUGAGUUUCUUUAUUUAUGCUUAGUUUAUAGACGAUAGACUUUGUAUUAUAUGGAGUUUAAAAGCUUACCAUGAAACUCCGGGUGCAGAAUGACAGGAGUGAUGUCAGAAGGGAGUCUCCUACUGUAAUGCAGCCUAAGUUAGGGGAACAAGACCCCCAAGCAGUGAAUGGUUUGUCACUACCUCUGCAACCAGUGCUACUCACCAGGACACCAGCUUCAGGCGGAGCGGCUGCUAACACAGACGGCAAAGAGGUGCGAGUCCACAUGAUUGGAGGACACAGUGAGUCCAGUGGAGGCACAUCCUCCAGGAGGUCUAGGGGCAGCUUCCACGGUCACUCCCACUCACAUGGACACAACCAGGAACAUCAUCAUCAUUCCAGUGCAGAGCCUGAACAUGACCAUCCUGACUCUGACCUGGACUCAGGGGAACCCAGCACCUCCUUUUCGGAGCUACGCUGUCUCUUCAUCUGGCUCCAAAAGAGUCUUCCUUUUGUGAUCAUACUGUGUGCUAAACUGCUCGUACAACAUCUUCUUGGUUUAGGUAUUGGUGUUGGCCUGUUUACAACUUUUUUAUAUGUGAAUGAGAACAUUCAGAAGCAGGUCUUUCUACAGAAUCAUCGCUCAAAGCUACGCUGUGUGUGGCUGCUGCUCUUCCUGCUUUCUACUAGUUUUCUGCUUUACUACACUUUCUUCACAGAGUCACUUUACUAUGGCCUCAUCUUCCUCAGUCCAACCAUCCAACCACUGGGUUUCUGGGAGGUUCUUUGGACAGUUGGCAUCACCAACUUCACAAUAAAAUUCCUCAUUAUGGGGAUAAAGUGCCUUAUUCUGAUACUUCCCUCCUUAUUGGUGUCCUACAGAACCCAGGGGAGAUGGCUGAUGCUGACUGAGGAGCUGGGUCAGGUGCACCAGGCCAUGGCUCCAGUUGCUCAGUGGUUCCGCUACUUGGUCAUCUACCAGGAGGCUGAUGGAAACCUGGGUCUCACACUGGGAGUCCUGCUGGCUUUGCUCUACCUCAUACUGAAGCUUUUAGCAUUGUACAAACAGUGGUCAUCUUUACAGAAGACUGUGAAGCUUUGUCUACAGGGCGAGCAUACAGACACAGCAGCCAGUAGAAGUCAGUGCAGCGAGGCUGGAGACAUCUGUCCCAUCUGUCAGGGAGAGUACAGGGAUCCCCGGGCUCUCCUCUGUCAGCACAUUUUCUGUGAUGAGUGCAUCGCUUUGUGGUUCAACCGCGAGAAGAGCUGCCCGCUGUGUCGCACUGUGAUCACAGACAAAGUCUACAAAUGGAGGGACGGAGCCACUUCUCCACACCUGCAGAUUUACUGAUCCAUGAGACACAGCUGAAAGUAUUUGGAGUGGGACUUAAGUAUUUGUCUGCAUUGAAUGUGAUUUUCUUUUUCUUUUCCCCAUGACUGUCAAAUCCCACUGACAAAUGUUGUACACACUGAUUGAUCAGCCAAGCGCUGUAUACACUGUGGGCCAAGGUCAGCAAGGGCACAGGAGUUUGAUUUUUACUUUUUUAAGUUGUAUCUUGUGUUGCCCUUUAAUUCACUCUUUCACACUUUAGUUUUAAGGUAAACUUUCCUGAUGACACAUCCUGUUUCUAUUGUUUGUAAAUAUGGUGAAAAAAAAAAAGAGUUAUAUUUAAAGUAUUUGAUACAGAUUUGAUCUAUUUUGAACAAAUGAAAAACACCGGCUAUUUAGUUUCCGAGUGUUUUUUUUCCAUUUGUGUUCAAGUCUGAUUUACAACAAUAAUUGUGUAUUAAUGCCACAGUGUGAAUGUCAGCAUCUACAUCCUGCAUCUUAAACGGGUUUAAGUAAAACAUUUGAUUAAAACCUAAUCCUCUUUCAGCUAGGAUUUAAAAUGUGAUCAACCUUUUUCUUAUCCUUGCAAAAAUGCUAUUAUGCUUAUGUAAUUGAUUUACACAGAAAACAAUAUUUUUCUAUGGAGCCUCAUUUUUGUAAAAACCAAAGACUGGCAAAAACAUCUAUUUUAUUUUGUACCAAAUUAAUUUCAUUUAUACCUUUAUCCAUUUCAAACCAUAAACAGAAUCAAUAAAGCUCUACAAUUGACAA